GUUGUAGGCAGAUGCAUGCUGGGAGUUACAGGCUCUGGCCAGGUGCAUGCUGGGAGUUGGCUAGUGUGCGCCGCCAGCGUGUGGGGCAGGAGGAGCAGAGACUCCAGCUCCCACAGCGGCCCCCCCCCACCAUGCCGGCCACCUGCUCUGCCUGCGGCGCCAGCCCGGCUGCCCUGCGGCGCCCCAAGACGGGCCAUGCCCUGUGCCGCGCCUGCUUCCUGGCAGCCUUCGAGGAGGAGACGCACCAGGCCAUCGUGGCUGGGCGGCUCUUCCGGCCCGGCGAGACCGUGGCCAUCGGUGCCUCGGGCGGCAAGGACUCCACGGUGCUGGCCUACCUGCUGCAGCUCCUUGACCAGCGCCACGGCUAUGGCCUGCGCCUGCUGCUGCUCUCCGUGGACGAGGGCAUCGCCGGGUACCGCGACGCCUCCCUGGCCGCCGUGCGCCGCCACCAGCGCCGCUCCGGCCUGCCCCUGCACGUGGUCUCCUACCGCCAACUCUACGGCUGGAGCAUGGACCGCAUCGCCCGCCACCUCGGCCCCCGCAACAACUGCACCUUCUGCGGCGUCUUCCGGCGCCAGGCCCUCGACCGGGGUGCCCUGCUGAUGGGUGCCGACAAGAUCGCCACAGGCCACAACGCGGAUGACGUGGCUGAGACGGUGCUGAUGAACUUCCUGCGGGGCGACGUGGGCCGGCUGCGUCGGGGGGCAGGCGCGGGGCCAGCAGGGGAGGGGGCCGUGCCCCGCUGCAAGCCCCUGCGCCACGCCUACGAGAAGGAGAUCGUCCUCUACGCCUACUUCCAGGGCCUGGACUACUUCAGCACCGAGUGCGUCUACGCCCCCCAGGCCUACCGCGGCUACGCCCGCGCCCUGCUCAAGGAACUGGAGGCCGCCCGGCCCAGUGCCGUUGCUGACCUGGGCCACUCGCGCGAACGGCUUUCGCUGCGCUCCGACCUCCGCAUGCCGGCCCGCGGCACCUGCCAGCGCUGCGGCUACGUGGCCAGCCAGCCCCUGUGCAAGGCCUGCGUCCUGCUGGAGGGGCUCGACCGCGGCCUGCCCAAGCUGGGCAUCGGCAAACACCGGCGCCUGCGGGAUAAGCUGCGGGACGGGCAGCCCCUCACCCAGGAGGAGCGCAGGCGCCUGGGGGCUCCGGACGAGGAGGAGCCGCCAGAGGAGCAGGAGCCUUGGGGGGAGCUGGGGACAGAUGAGGAGCCGGGGGGCAGACGGGAGCUGAGGGGCCCACGGGACCUGGACUUCUGAAGUGGUGUGGGGGGUGCCACUGAGAACAGCCGAGCUCCUGUCCACAGCCCCGCUUGGGGGCGAGUGGGAUGCAACGGGGGAGAUGGGAGCCAGGACUCCUGCGUCUCUCCCUGGCUCUGGAAGGGGAGUGGGGUCUCGUGGUUAGAGCAGAGGGGGCUGGGAGCCAGGACUCCUGGGUUCCAUUUCCAAGUCACAGUGUGACUAGGUAAGUCACCUUUACCUCGCCGUGACUCAGUUGCCCCCUCCCACCCCCCCUAGAACUGAGAUAAUGCAGCUUAUAUUUUGUAAACUGCUUUGAGAGCUGGUUGUGCUAAGUGCUCAGUACGAAGCAAUGGCUCAUGGUACCAGGAGAUUAUAAGGGCAUGUGAAAGAGCUGAUGAUAAAACCAUUUGCGGAAGAAGAAAUCACGCGGUAAACAGCCUCUCUAAUCUUUGGCAGGCACAUACCAAAAGCCAGACAGCCCCUUAAAAACUAAAAACCUGGCUCGCAGGGUUAAACUCAGACAGGGCUGCUUGAGAUAUUUGGAACAAAAUAGGGGUUUUUCUACCAAAAAACGUAGAAACCAAAAUUUGGAAACACCCGACUCCCAGGUUUUUUUGUAACAGGGUUUGACGUUGAGCUUCAUUUUAUUCCCAGUGGAAACAACUUUUUGGUUAGAAAUUUGAGCAAAUUCACAUGUUAAGGGGGCAAAGGUCCAAACUAGAGAUGAGAUCUUUCAAAACGAUUGGAAAGGAAACUGCUUGAGGGAUUGGAACCGAAGAAAAAGUUUUUCUCAUGUCAAUAUUAGAGACUUUGGACUUUUCAGUCUGAUUUGGGGCUGGGUAAUUUUUUCCUGAAAGUCUUGGGGCAGGAGAAACCUACAGCGUGUAGCCUGAUUACACAGCCCCGGGUUUUCCCGGGUCACAGAUUGCCCGGUUCAAACCACAAGGGUCAGAAGUGAUGCAAAGAGUUUUACAGAAAUGAUUUUUAGUAAAUCCACCCUGUGGAACUAAAUGGCAUGUAGGAACCUUUCUCUGCCAUUCCUGUUCUAUAGCGGGGAUGCAAUGUCCAUUUAUUCUCUAGAACAAGAAUUCUCAAACUGGGGGUCCCAACCCAAAAGGGGGUGGCAAGGCUAUUAUAGGGGGGUUCUGAGACCUGGGGGUGCCAUAGUUGAAGGACACUGUCAGAGGAAAAGGGGAACUGGUGCGGGCGUGGGUACAGCUUUCUGGCCGCUCUGAAGGCAGUGCUGCCGCCAGCAGCAGCGCCUUAUACCUGGGAGAGGAUGAGGUUUCACUUUUAUUACGACUCAGCAGCAAGAAGCGCAAAGUAGAGACCUAGGAGGACAGUUUGCACGCCAGUGUGGCCAUUUAUUUCAUGUAAUGUGAAUUUUGUAACGUAACACACCACCGUGGGUUCAGAUCUAGCUGCUCCCGUUUCAAGCUUAACAGAGUGAAAGUCACCCCUGCUACGUGCUUUAGAUGGAAUCUCAAGGAACACAAAGACCAAGGGUAGAGACCACACAGACAUUCACAAGUACAAGGUCUAGUCUGUUUUAUAGGUUUUUAUUCAAAUUACAAUUAAAGUUA